AUGGGUCACUCGCCAGCCAUUUUUCUCAACAUUCACGGCAAGCGCCUUGCGAUCGCUGUCAAGCUCGAACUCACGACACUGGCGGACCUUCGCGAAUACUUGACGACACAAGACCACAUGACGGAGCACGAUCGUUUUAUCCUCUUUUUGUACAAGAGCAGUUUGCCAGCGACGGACAAGCACGUGUCGUACGAAGUCGAGCCCCUUUGCGAGCGCUCGAUCCCAACGAGCGCGUUGUACGAGUUUGGUGGUCCGUACGCCGGUGUCAUUCGCCCGCGCUCCAAGAAGCUUGUGAUGGCGACGCGCUACUACUUUGAGAUUGGUCCGCAAAACGUCGUCGUGACGUUUUCUGGGACGCCGACGGUCGCGGAUGCCCGAGAGUUGUUGCAGCCCAAGGGCUACAUCACGGAGGCGACGCCGUUCCAUCGCCCGCACGGAAAUUACUCGUACGAAGUCGACCGCAAGAGUGAAGCCGUCAUGCCCCUCGCCGACCUGAAGCGUGCAGACGGAACCAUUGGCGUGUAA